UGUCAUAAGACUUUGUGUGUUUUCGGAUUUCCACGUCCUGUUUCUAAACGGACAUUUAUAUGUGAACCAAUAAAAGUUGAUAAUGAUGAAGAGAAGCAACGUUGUAAAAAAAUAAAAGAAAUUCUUACUGAAAUGAAUGCAAUCAUGAACACAUUAGAAAAAGAGAAAAUGUUGUCAUGGUCCGAUUUUGAUAAUCUUCUAAGAAAGUAUAAUUGGACCUAUGACGAUUACGAAUAUGCUCUUCGAGUUGUUCAUACUAGAACAAUAAUAAUUCAUAAACGAGAACCGAAUGCACGAUGGGUUAAUCAAUAUAAUGAAGAAUUGUUGAGAGCAUGGGAUGCUAAUAUGGAUAUUCAAUUCAUACUUGAUCCAUAUGCAUGUGCAAAAUAUCUUAUGUCAUAUACAACGAAACCAGAACGAGAAAUGAGUUUAUUACUUGAAGCAACUCAUAAAGAAUGUCGUGAAGGAAAUAUGGCAGUACGUGAAGAAAUGAAAAAAUUAACAGGUACAUUUUUUAAUCAUCGACAAGUUAGUGUACAGGAAGCUAUUUAUCGUGCUACUAAAAUGCCACUUACAUAUUCAAGUCGAGGUUUUGUUUUUGUACCAUCACAUUCAAAUAGUUGUAAAUUUUUAAAGUCACCUAAUAUAUUAAAACAAAUGGAUCCAGAAGACGAUAAUAUAUAUAUGUCCAAUUUAGCCGACAAGUAUUUUGAUAGACCAGCAGAUCCAGAAUUUGAUAUAUGUAUGGCGGAUUUUGCAUCUGAAUAUGAAAUACUAUCAAUAAAUAAAAACAUUAAAAAUCCUAAAACACCAAUUAAACGAUUACAAACACUUAAUUUUGCUAUUAAAAAACGUUGUAAUCGUAAUGCUAUUAUUCGUUAUCCAUAUUUCAAUAGAGAAACAGAUAGAGAAAAUUAUUUUGAAAAUCUUCUUUCUCUCUAUUUACCAAUAAGAAGUCGAAAUGAAUUGAAAAAACCUUAUGAAUUGUUUUAUGAAACAGGUGAAACAUUUGAUAAUCGACAACAAUGUAUGAGAAAAGUAAAAGAAAUUGUUCAUGAAAAUCGAAAAAAAUAUGAAGCCUAUGUCAAAGAAACAGGUGAAACAGAAUCAUUAUUCAAUGAAUUGUCAUUGAAUAUGAAAGACAAUGAAUGGGCUGAAAUUGUUGCUAAUAAAGAAAAACGUAGUACAUGGUCAAGAGAAAUUGAACAAGAAGAUAAUCCUGAUUUUAAUAUUAUACAUAAAAGCAAAAAUAAAAAUACGUUCAUUGAUUUAAAACAAACGUAUACUACUACAGAUGAAAUGAGACCGUUGUUAGAAUCCAUGAACAAUGAGCAACAAGAAGUAUUUUAUCAUGUUAGAGAAUGGUGUACAAAACGUUUGCAUAAUCCUGAUGUCGAACCUCUUCGUUUAUUCAUUACAGGAGGAGCAGGUACAGGUAAAAGUCAUCUUUUGAAAUGUCUUCAUUACGAAGCAACAAAAAUUUUUUCUCGUAAAAAACACUUAGAAUCAGAUGAAAAUAUUGACGAGAUUCAUACAUUGAUUACAGCUUUUACUGGUGCUGCAGCUGUCAAUGUUGGUGGAGUAACUAUUCAUAGUGCAUUCGGUAUUGGUACUCAGUCUAAUAGUUUAAACGAUCAUUUAUCUUGUGAUAAACUAAAUAGCUAUCGAUGUAAAUUACAUUCCUUAAAACUAUUAUUUGUUGAUGAGGUUUCUCUCAUACAAGCCAAGCUUUGGGGUGCUAUACAUGCUCGUCUUACUCAAAUUAUGGGUAUACAUUCGAAUACAGCUAUUUUUGGUAAUGUUGGAAUAAUUGCUAUUGGUGACUUUUAUCAAUGUUCACCUGUUGCAUCUUCAAGCAUUUAUUCUUCUUUACUUUGGUCUGAUCAUUUUGAGUACAUCGAACUCAAAAUCAAUGAAAGACAAAAAACAAAUAGUUCUUUUUCACAAAUGUUAAAUCGCAUUCGAAAACUUAAAAAGAAGGAAGAUAUGAAUAAAGAAGAUCGUAACUCACUUGAAAAAUGUCAUCAACGCUAUUUGCAUAAGGAAUAUCAUCCAGAAUCAUUACAUUUAUUUGCUAAAAAUACUCAGGUGGAUACACAUAACGAAGAGAUGAUUGAAAAAAUUUGUAUCAAUAUUCGAACAUUUUAUGAAGUUGAUAGCAAUGAUAAAGAGAUAGAACAGAAUGAAUCUAAAAAUACAAAAAAAAUAAAUAAACCACUACGACUUGCUAAAAAUGCUCGGGUAAUGCUAACUAAAAAUAUUUGUGUAAAUGAUGGAUUAGCUAAUGGUGUGACAGGUCGUAUUGUAGAAUUUGUAGAAAAUAAUAAUGCACACGUUUCUCAUAUAAUAAUUAAAUGUGAUUCAUCUAAAGUUGGACGACUUCAUCGAGUUAGUUGUCCACAUUGUCAUGGAUGUGAUACAAUAUGUGUAAUAAGAGAAAGUGACAGUAUUGAUCAACAAAAUUUUGAUGUACGAUCAAAGAAAGCAAUAAAACAAUUUCCUUUACGUCUUAGUUGGGCAAUGACUAUACAUAAAGCUCAAGGAAUAACAGUUGAUCAAGUUGUAAUUAGUACAAAAGAUUUUUUCGGUAGUGGGAUGGGCUAUACAGCAUUGUCUCGUGUUCGAACACUAGAAGAAUUCUUUCUCAAAUGA